UCCAAUUCCAAUAUUCUUUCAAUGUAAUCCGUAUGUAAUAGUAACCCCUAACGCACGUCAACACAUCCAAACGCGCCAUUCGAAACCACUCCACCACCAGCUGGUAAUCUGAUAACAAUGAGUGAUAUGAAAGAGAAAAUGAAAGGAUUCAUGAAAAAGUUGAAUAAUUCUUCAUCUAGUAGUAAAUUUAAAGGCCAAGGUAGGGUUUUGGGAUCAUCUUCAAAUCAAGCUAAUUCUAACCCGACCCGACCCGGAACCCAUCUGCCCCAACCGAAACCUACUCAACCCAUCCAACCCAACAAACCCAUUUCAUCAAGUUCCAAUCUUGCAACUCAAAAACCAACAGAUGAGCCUGAUUCUAAUCGAUCCGGAACCCGGAUACCUGACCCGAAAGGCUCUACCUCGUCAAGUUCUGAUCUUUUGGCUGAAAAAAGUGUUAAGUCAACAAACGGGUUUGACCCAUUUGAUGCCUUGAUCACAACUGGUAAAAGAAACAAAAAUGGGUACGAUUUGAAAGUGUUUGAGUGUCCGGUUUGUAGUCGAGUGUUUGGGUCGGAAGAAGAGGUUUCGGAUCACGUGGAGAGUUGUUUGUCGAGUAAGGAGUCGGAAAGUGAUGAAAAUGUUGGAAUAUUGGAGGAAAAAGAAAGUGAGUUGGAAAGUUUUGUUGGGACAUAUGUUUCUGCGAAACCGUCAGAUGGUUCGGUUGAAAUUAUGCUUAAGUUGUUAAAGAAUAUUGUUAAGGAGCCUGAGAAUGUUAAAUUUAGGAAAAUUCGGUUGGGGAAUCCGAAGAUUAAAGAGGCGAUUACUGAUGUUGCAGGAGGUUUGGAUUUGUUGGAAUGUGUUGGGUUUGAGUUGAAAGAGGAAGGUGAGGAGAUGUGGGCGGUAAUGGAAGCUGCCAGCGGCGAAAAGAUUAAGAUGAUUAAACAGGCGGUUUACUUGUUGGAGCCGACAAAAAUUGAGGAUGUGAAGCCUGCAACCACUCAGGCUAAGGUGACGGAGCCGGUGGAGGUGAAGAAAGUUGAGAGACAGAUUCGGGUGUUUUUUUCUGUGUCGGAAAAUGUAGCUGCCAAAAUAGAACUUCCAGAAUCUUUCUAUAAUCUCUCCAUUGAAGAAGUGAAAAGGGAAGCCGAAAUGAGGAGAAAAAAGCUAGCAGAAUCUCAACUAUUGGUGCCGAAGUCAUUCAAAGAAAAACAAGCAAAGGCUGCAAGAAAAAGACAUGAAAAAACCGUCAUCAGAAUACAGUUUCCUGAUGGUGUCUUGCUCCAGGCAUUUUUUAAUCCUAGGGAGCCAACAACUGCACUCUAUGAGUUUGUGAGGUCAUCAUUAAAAGAUCCCAGCUUGGAAUUUGAGCUAUUACAUCCCGUUUUGAUUAAACGCCGUGUGAUCCCAAACUUUGGAGAAAAGGCGAUAACUCUCGAAGAUGAGGACUUGGUUCCCGCGGCUCUAAUCAAGUUCAGACCUAAAGAAACUGAUUCAGUCGUUUUUACAGGUCUUUGUAAUGAGCUUCUAGAAAUUAUGGAACCUUUUGUUUCUGAAUCAGCCGUUGCCCUACAGUAACAGAUUGACCAUGGAAUCGGGCAUUCGAUACUAAUUUUUUGUGUUCAACAUAUAAUUGUUUGUUAAUUCGUGAUUGAAAUAUAAAAAACUGUUUGUAGAU